AUACUGUGGAAUGUAAUGUACAUGCGUUUAACAUAUUUUGCAAUUAUUUUUUUAGUAUUUACAAAUAAUGUUGAUGAAUCUGAUGACUAUUCUUUCCUUGAAACAGAGAGCUUUCUUCUAGAUGAAUAUAAACAUCGCUAUUGUGUGCGAAAAGACACAAUGAAGACUCUGCAUGGUCGUCUCGCCAUCACAAACUGCGGAAUUGCAUUUGCCAGAGUGCAGUUGAAAAAAGGUUUUCAAUACUUUCACGACUUAGAACAGUCCAUAGUCAACGUAUACGGUAGUGACAGUGAAUCAGACUGUAGCGAUGAAGAUGACGUUCGUGAAGAUGACGUUUAUGAAGAUGUUGAAGAAGAAGAUGCAUAUAAUUCGUAGUAUUUUGUUGCUGAAAGCUGUGCUAUCAUAUUUUUGUGUGCUUUUUAUAAAUAGAAAAUUAUUUGCAUGUUGCUCUUUUUGUAAAUAAAAUGUAUGCAAAUACACUUGCAAGUAUAUACAUCUAAGAAGAAA